GGAGUCAAUUCCUCUUUCUUUUUUCACUUUCUCUGCUCACAUUUAACCAUGAGGCCCAUGUGCAACGUAUAAUAUGUACUUUAUUGUGGCCAGUGGUCAGGUUGAUGUAAUGCUUAGUCCUGGCUACAUGGUGGCGCUAUUAGCCACGUAAACGAGUAAACUGGGGAACAUCUCACUGUGCAGGUAGUUUCUGUACUGAGACUUUUGUGGGACUUAAAGAACUGAAAAUAGGUGGAGACAAAAAAAACACCAGCAGACACACCAGCAUAUCUAAAGGAUAUCAGCCUUUUGUCUGGACUUGCACGGAGAAUGGCAGCGUUUUCUCCACAGUGUCUCUUGUUGUCGGGUCUGGUAAUGAUGGUAUCAGACUGCAGAGCCGACUCACCAUUGACUGUAACGGCUUUUCGAGAAGAAGAUGCAACUCUCCCUUGUGUCAAAGCAAACAUGACGGAUCCAAAGAGCGGCUACAGAGUCAGGUGGAUGAAGCAGUCCACAGACACUGGUCGGAUGGAAGAUGUCCUGGUCUGGCCUUCUCCAUCCCAGCACGACAAACGUGUGAAGUGGGAAGUGGAUGGGGAAGGACACAUGUCUCUCCUUUUCUCAAAUGUACAAAAAUCUGAUGAGGGACUCUACAGCUGUGAAAUGUGCCAAGGCUGGGACUGCACGCGGGUCAAAAACACAUCUUUAGUAGUGAAAGACUGCAAAGUCCUGCCAGCAUUGAAGGCAACACCCAGCACAACCAUCGAACUGAAAUGCCCAGUGGACGUUACACCAAGUCCCCAGAAUAUCUCCUGGUUUUUGAUAAAAGGAGGUGAGCCUCAAUCCCUCCCCUCUGGGCGGGUUCCAGUCAACCCAACAUCACUGUUUAUCCGGUCUGGGAGAGCAGGGGACAGCGAGUGGUACAGAUGUAAUUACACUUACAAGCAAACUCAACGCUGCUUUGACAUCAGAAUUCUAGUCCAAGGUGCUGUCGAGGUCACACCGUCUCCGGUCACUGCAGCACAGACUCAGCAAGCACUGACAAACACUGAAUCUCUCUCAGAGAAGAGUCAGGAAGAGAGCGGGGGAACAGCUCACACAGUUGUGUCUUCAGUCGCUCUUGGGAUUGUCGUCGCUGCUGCUGCAGUGAUAGGAGUGGUCAUUUACUGCUGCCGUAACACCCAGAGACUCCCACAGCAAACCCAGAGCUCACCAGCAGCAGGGACACUGACGCAGUCUGACCAUGUUUAUGAGACUGUGCCAUGCUCAGAUGAUCCUUUAAACCUACGAGUCAACAGUAUCUACCGUCGAUACGACAAUGAAAUCCCGAUCACGUUUCACUAUUAAAAGCUGCUCAAGAAAAGAAGAUGUUCCUGCUUGUUGUCUAAUCUGGAUGUGGACAUUGAUGCUGCAUCUAAAGAUAUGUGACAUCAGCUAAAACAAGAAGUUUUGAAGAUAUGAGACAGUUUAGUUUAGAAAUACAAUAUUUUGGAGUUUGGAUUUUGCUGUUUUUCUGCUUUCCCAGAUACAGAAACAAAUCGACACCUUAGGUUCGACCUGUUUAUGUAGUAAGUGCAGUUUGAAGUUAUGUCAAAAGAGCUAAAGUCCUGAACUAAACUGUAUUUUUGUGUUGAAAAGAAGAGUAACUGUGCUCAUAUUCCCCAUUUGUAACCGUCUAUUUUACUUUAAAUGAAAUAAAAACAUGAUCUUUCAUUAAAACCCUUAAUCCGAUUUGAAGAUAUAUCUGUAGGUUGAUAAAUGAUCACUAAUUUCUUGAAAACUUGUUUUUUACUUCAUUGAUGGUUGUGAAAUUGCUUCAGUUAGGUUACAAUAGGGACAAAAACACAAAAUAGAAAAUUAUCUAGUUCACAGCUUCUCAGGGUUGGUGGCUGCUUCUCUGUUGGAUUCUUUUUUCUGUUGUAGUUCUGCAUUAUUUACAUCCUCAUACAUGUGAGUCUGUGAAGAGGAAUUGGAGAAGAGUUUUUCAGCUCGACAAAAAGAUUCUGCAGCAAUCUUUGUUUCUAGCAUUAUUUUCUUGUUAUUGUCAUCUACCAUGUUUAGGGAACUGAUGAGUGUGGGGUCAAUUUUGUGCAGAUACCAAUAAAAGUCUGGAUCAAAUGUGAAA